UUCCUUUUUCCAAAACAAUGAACUUCCGGUAUCGGAAGUAGCAUUUGGAAAUCAAAGAGUCUGGCGUAGCUAAAUGAAAUUGAAAUUCAGUCUAAUCACCAAUGCAUUUUUAGACAUUUUAACCUUUACGCUCUAUAAGUCUUGCGAAUAAAGUCGCAGUCAAGGAUUAAUUUUGAUCUAGCUGUCCGGUGUUGACCUUAUUCAUCAACAACUUGCGAUAAUGACACCAGUGGUGGAGUAAGCUAUUUUAACCUCACGAUGAAGUAUUUGGUCCUUGUUGUCUUUUGGGCUCCUUGUUGGGUCAAUUGUGUGAUUAAACCAAGGGCCAUUGAGGAAGAAACACGGGAAAAUGACCCGGAGUUAGAGGCUCUGAGUUCGUUGCUGUCUGACUUUGAGGUGCUGCCCAUGUCUGGCCUCCAGCAUCACUCGGUCAGGAAGAGGGACGCCCACACCCAGUCCCACCUGGAGCGCCUGAUCAGCUUCAGCGCCCUCAAGAGACAUUUCAAGCUGUACUUGACAACUAACACAGACUUGUUCACUGAGGACUUCAAAGCUGUGUUUGUAGAUAAGAAAGGGAAGGAGGACCGCUAUGAUGUUCAGCUUCAGAACUACUUUACCGGACAUCUUGUAGGAGAGGAGCACUCCCGUGUGCAGGCACACAUAGACGGGGACGAGUUCUCGGCCCACAUCCUGACAGAUGAGACAGAGUACAAUGUAGAGCCCCUGUGGAGGUUCACCGAGGCGUCCCCCGAUGGUCGUCUAUUGGUGUACCGGUCAGAGGACAUCAGGAACCUCAGCCGCCUGGCCUCGCCCAAGGUGUGUGGAUACGUCCACGCUGGGGCCCAGGACUUACUGCCAGAGGCCGCUAGAGGUGGAGAGGCACAGGAGGAUUCCCUCCACAGAGCAAAGAGAGCAGCCCACAACCACAAGAAGAACACCUGUCCUCUAGCCCUGGUGGCCGACUACCGCUUCUUCAAACACAUGGGCCGUGGAGAGGAGAGCAUCACACUCAACUACCUGAUUGAGUUGAUUGACAGAGUGGACGACAUGUACAGGAACACAACCUGGGAUGACGAGUUCACAGGAUACGGUGUUCAGAUCCAACAGAUCAUCAUCAACAAGGAGCCGACCAAUGCGCCACUUGGCCAGGCUGGGCCGGGCUGGACCCACUACAACAUGAAGGGAAGCCCCAUCCAAGGCAAGGAGGUGUGGGAUGUCAAGAAACUGCUGGAGCAAUUCAGCUCGGAUAUAGCGGACAAUGCUAGCACUGUGUGCCUGGCCCACCUGUUCACCUACCAGGACUUUGACGAGGGGACACUGGGCCUGGCCUACGUGGCCCCCUCUAAGGCCCAGGCUCUGGGGGGCCUCUGCCCCAAACCUUACUAUCCAUCUCAAUCCGCCAAGAAACCCAGCUACCUCAACACUGGUUUAACCAGCACCAAGAAUUAUGGCAAAACCAUUCUAACCAAGGAAGCAGAUUUGGUGACAACCCAUGAAUUGGGCCAUAACUUUGGGGCGGAGCACGACCCUGACAACAUCCCCUACUGUGCCCCAAGCGAUGACCAUGGGGGCAAGUUUGUCAUGUACCCUAUUGCUGUGAGCGGGGACCACUACAACAACAAGCGUUUCUCCGACUGCAGUAAGAUCUCCAUAGGGAAGACGCUGCGUUUCAAGGCCCCUGUCUGCUUCAAGGAGAGGAACAGCAAGGUGUGUGGGAAUUCCCGCGUGGAGGAGGGGGAGGAGUGCGACCCGGGCAUGCUGCACCGCAACAACGACCCGUGCUGCUCCGCCGACUGCAAGUUCAGGCCCGAGUCCCAGUGCAGUGACAGGAAUAGUCCGUGCUGUAAGAAAUGCAAGUUUGAGCAGGCAGGGAAGACGUGCCAGGAGCCCAUCAACGCCACCUGUAAAGGCAUGUCCCUAUGCACAGGUGGCAGCAGUGAGUGCCCAGCCCCAGACAACGCUCCGGACAAUACCAUCUGUGUGGACAGUGGGAGGUGCAGAGCCGGGGAGUGCAUGACCUUCUGUGAGGCCGUGCAGAACCUGCUGCCCUGUGCUUGUAAUGAGACAUACGACUCGUGUAAGGUGUGCUGUCGGGACAAAAAUGGUGCCUGCACUCCUUUCGUCAAAAGCGACGGGAACGUCCUGUACCUGCGCAAGGGGAAACCCUGUACCGUGGGCUUCUGUGAUGAGGCCGGUAGAUGCAUGAAGCAAGUCCAGGAUGUGAUCGAGCGGUUGUGGGAUUUCAUCGACAAGCUGGACAUCAACACAUUCGGGAAGUUCCUAGCAGACAAUAUAGUGGGCUCAGUGGUGGUGUUCUCUCUAGUCUUCUGGAUCCCUCUCAGCAUCCUGGUGCACUGUGUGGAUAAAAAUCUGGACAAGGAGUAUGAGGAGAACACCAAGACCAUGUACUUCCCCAGCCAGAUGGUUGAGGUACCUGUACUUAGUAGAGCUCCACCUUCAGAAUGCAGAGAUGCUGAGCAGCCUCGAGUCGGCCUCCGUCCGCAUCGUCAAGCCACCUCCGCCUCCCACCUUCUUCUCCGCCGCUCGGAUCCCACCCCACUCCCUUCCUCCUCUACCCCCAACGGGCCCGUCUGCCUCAGGCAGCAGCAGUACCCCAGCCCCAGGCUCGGCUUCGGGCCUUGGCCCGUCCUCGGGGAGCGUAGUGGUGGCGGGGGAGGGCCCACGGAUGGCCACCAUCCAGGAGGAUCCCAGCUGCGACUCUCACCUCGACAAGGACGACUUCCCUCCUCGCGGAGGCUCCAACGCCACCAAGUCUUCAUACGAGGACCUGACGGCGGAGCAGAGCACGCCACGCUCGGGCCGCCACGACAAGCGCCGCCUCAAGAGGCAGGCCUGCGUGGUGGACAGUAAAGAGACCCAGUGCUGAGGGAACAUGUGUUUGUAUAUGUACGCACACAGCCGUGCACACGUACUGGCAGACCUACGCACGUACACAGACACACUCACAAUUGUACAUGAGGGAACAUGUGCACACAGUCCAGAAUAGAUACAGUAUGUACACGCAUAGACACUCAUGUAUAUCCAUGCACAUAAUAGAUUACACUAUAAUAGUAGAUGCAGGUAACUGACAAAAUAAAGGAAACACUUGAGUAAAUGAGGGAUACAAAGUAUAUCAAAAGCGGGUGCUUCCACACAGGUCUGGUCCUGUGUUAAUUAAGCAAUUAAAUGUAUAAAAAUGCCCAGUUCCCAAUUAUUUUGGCUACCAUGGCUAAAAGGAAUCUCUGCGACUUAGAGGGGUCUCAAAGGAGCAAAGGCGGUUUAAAGGGUGUGUGUGUCACCAAAUCAACCCAAUUGAAAACUUAAAGGGAAAUUCUGGAGUGGCGCCUGAGACGGCGGUUUUUCACCACCAUCAACAAAACACCAAAUUAUGGAAUUUCUUGUGGAAGAAUUGUGUUGUAUCCAUACAAUAAAAUCCCAGACCCUUGUAGAAUAUAUACUAAGGCACAUUGAAGCUGACCGGGUGGCUCAACGUCCUACCAAGACCUUGUCUGUGUUUCUUUUAGUUUGGCAGAUACCUGUACAUGCAUACAUGACUAAACAUUGCACACGCACUGUUAUAGUACACACAAACACCCACUCAUAGACUAAAACUUGUUACACAGCACUGGCAGCAACACAGUAUCUAGCAGGACACUUUAGGGGCUGCUACAUCUAGAUUCUAUAAGGUCAAUUUGGAAGACUUGCGUACAACCAAAAUAGGUGCUUAUCAUGAGUAUAGUAAUGUUCUGACGCCAGUGACUGUUUUAGAAUAGCCUUGAUACUGAAUGAUUUGUGCCUUGUUAGUUUCAAGAGUCAAAGCCAAGUGCUUUCUUUGGCAUCACUCACUCCGAUACAGUCCAGACAGUCUAGUUUUUGGACAUGUUCUUUUGAAUGACUUGACUGGCAGAAUGGGUUGAUUGAUAUACCACUGCCAUGACUGUGAACUAUUGGUUAGGCUUAGUAUCAUGCUAAGGUUAAAAGUAAAAUGUGCUAUCGUAAAUGUCUGUUUAGUCACCUCAUGUCAGUAAGAAAAUGAUUUGCCUUUAUUUCUGAUAUUGCUUGUUUUUUCCCGCCAAAAUUCACCUCGUUAACCAUGCAUGUAAUAUUGCCGUAGGUAAUUCAGCUGUUAAAUGGAUGUCAAAGGGUAGUGUUAAAACGUAGAGGACUGGUUGAACCGUUGCCCAGGAAGAUAUUUUUCUCUGGUAAUUUAAACAGGAAAUGAAGAUUUGUGAAACGGGUACCGACUGAGAGGUUUAGUUAUUCUGGGCAGAAUACCAGGUGAAAUGAGCGCUGCACCAAACCUACCUAACCGUUUUCUCCACUCUAUUCAAGUAAUGAUUGUUUCAUUUGUAGUGAAAUAAUGAAACAUUUUUAUA